AAAUUCAGUGUGUUGAUCGCCGUUGGCAGAAGUUAACGUGUUGUCUUCUUUCUCCACAAAUCUAUCGCUAUUAAUUUUUAUCCUUAAUCGAAUAAAGGCAAAAAAAAAAAAAAAAAAAAAAAGAUUAUUUUUAAAAUUUAAAAGUGAACGAAAUUUCGAAAUCAAUUUAAAUUGUCUUAAAGCAGUUCGAUGAGAGAUUACUAAAAAAGAAACGAAAAAAUAGGAAAAAAAAAACACACACACACACAAACGAAAAUGACAGAGCUGGAGAAAAAAAAUGAAGACACUGCAGCUGCACCCGAAAUCGAAGGACAAGUUACGAAAAUUCCUUAUCCAAAAUCUGUUUUCUUGAUUAUCGUGACCGAAUUCUGUGAGCGUUUCACUUUCUAUGGCAUGAGAACUGUUUUGGUGCUUUAUUUGAGUCGUCAAUUGGAUUAUUCGGACGAUGCGGCUACAAUCAUCUUUCAUAUCUUUACAAUGUUUUUGUAUUUCUUAUGCAUAUUUGGCGCUGUACUUUCCGACAGUUGGCUUGGGAAAUUUAAAACAAUUUUAUACCUUUCGAUACUGUAUGUUUUUGGGACAGUGACGCUUACGUUGGGUGCAAUACCGCCACUAAAUUUACCCUCAAGAGCUUUUACAAUGAUUGCAUUGGCUUUAAUAGCUUUAGGGUCCGGUGGUAUAAAGCCGUGCGUGUCAGCCUUUGGUGGAGAUCAAUUUAAAUUGCCCGAACAGGUUAAACAGAUCAGUACAUUUUUCUCGAUGUUUUAUUUUUCCAUCAAUUUGGGAUCACUGAUAUCAACAACCACUACUCCAAUUCUUCGUGCAGACGUUCAUUGCUUCAAAGAACAAGAGUGCUAUCCAUUGGCGUUUGGCUUGCCAGCCGUAUUAAUGGUGACUGCAAUAGUAAUUUUCGUGUUGGGCUAUCCCCUAUACAAAAUUAAACCGCCUGCCGGCAAUAUGCUUGUUCUAGUUAGCAAAACUAUUGGUAAUGCCAUAUCGACAAGGUGUCGGGAAAAGAAGACUAAUCCACGCGAACACUGGCUAGACUAUGCCGAUGCGAAAUAUGAUAAACAAUUAAUUGAAGACGUCAAAGUGUUAAUGCGAGUAUUGUUCUUGUACAUACCAUUGCCAGUUUUUUGGGCUUUAUUCGAUCAACAAGGCUCCCGUUGGACUUUUCAAGCUACACGUAUGGAUGGCGAUAUGGGUUCUUGGGACAUCAAGCCAGAUCAAAUGCAGAUGUUAAAUCCUUUCUUAAUCUUAGUUUUAAUACCUUUAUAUGAUGUGGCAUUUUAUCCGGCCUUGAGUUUGAUUGGUAUACGUCGACCAUUGCAAAAAUUAACUUUGGGUGGCAUUUUGGCCGGUGUUGCAUUUAUAAUAUCCGGUGUCGUAGAACUACAGUUAGAGAAAACCUAUCCCAUAUUACCUGAAGCUAAUUAUGCACAAUUGCGUAUAUUUAAUGGUGAAAAUUGUACCUAUACUAUCACUACUAAUGCACCUGAUUCGAAGCUACUAAAUAUUCUUCCUCUUGGCUAUUAUGAAAACAAAUAUGUACCCAUCAGUAAUUCCGGAUUCAACUUUGAAUAUACCAUUAAUCCCAUAGAUGGUGAUCAUUGUCCUCCAUUCGGAAAUGGCUCCUUCAAGAUGCAAGAUGCGACGGCACACAGUUUAUUUAUGAGUUCGAAACACUUAGAGGAUAAAUUAAUUUGGUAUGAGGAUCAUGUGGCGAAGCCAACACGAGACAGUCCUCUAGUUAGAUGUUUAAGUAAUGUUGAAGAAGGUAAAACAAUAAAAUGGAUUAACAAAAAGGAUAAUAGUUUAGUAUAUGACGAAAUGGCCUAUGAUCUUAAUAUAACUGAAAUAGAAGUCGGUAACUUUGAUAUAUUGAUAAAUGAUAAGAAAGCCCACGAAGUUUCUUUACGUAUGGGCGGAGUGUACACAGUGAUAAUCAAUGAGCAUGCCGACGAAGCAUAUUCAAGCAAUUUGAUUGAAAUCACUGAACCUAAUUCGGUGCACAUUUUAUGGCUAGUACCACAAAUCGUUGUCAUGACUUUAGGUGAAGUCAUGUUUUCCGUUACCGGCAUUGAAUUUUCCUACGCUCAAGCUCCCGUUAAUAUGAAAUCAGUAUUGCAGGCCUGUUGGCUUUUAACCGUUGCUAUUGGCAAUGUUAUUGUAGUAAUUGUAGCUGAACUCGCUCUAUUUGAUUCCCAAGCCAGCGAGUUCUUCUUAUUUGCCGGUCUCAUGUUCGUGGACAUGUUGUUAUUUAUGAUCGUAGCUUAUUAUUAUAAGCCUAACAAUCCCUUGGCUAUCGCUCACUCAAAUGAAAGUGAAGAAGAAAUUUCAAAAAAAUCAAAAUCUGAUGACGAUUUCGAUAAUAAAUUGGACACUGAACAAAAAUAAAUAAAAAUACAUUUGUAUGAUAUUUGUGAUUCCAUUUUAGCGGCACUAGCAAAAAUCAUUCGAAAGAGAAUCCCAUAUAUGGUACAGAUCACUUACAUAAUUUCAUUAUUUUAUAUAAAUCAAACCCAAAGUUAUUAUGAAUGAAUA